AACGGCGGCUAUGCCGACUGUUGAAUUCGACGGCGACGACUCCAUUGCUCAAGGAAAUUGUCCGCCGAGGAAGAGGGUGCAGAAAGCGAGAAGGGAAGGAAGAGUAAAGAUCGAGACGGAGAGAUAUGGUUAGAUGGGCUAGUGGACUAAGCCCAAUCAGAUCUUUGGCGGGAGCCGGGCCCUCGAGAAAAGAAACUAAAAAUAAGAAUUGCGUAAUAAUACUUCACUUCCUCGCCUGUUGAAUCCUCCGAACGGCGAUUCUGUAAAGAGGAAGGCAAGAUUUGAUUAAUACUUCACUUCCUCGCCUGUUGAAUCCUGUCCCCCCUAAGCAACCCACCAACUGAGUUUCAAUUCACCAUUUAUCGCACAUCUGAAGCCAGCCUUCGAUCAGCAGCAAACUCGCAGAUUGGGUGUUCAUUGUGCUGCGGCAAGGGAGCCUGCCAAACCGAAGGUCGGAGGUGGUUAUAGGCUGUUUUUUCUCUCUCUGUAUACUGAAAAAUGGCGUCUUCCCCUGCUGAAUGGAGAAGGGUUGGUACGAUCUUGAAUCAUUGAUCAUUAGCGGCCUGGUGGAGUUAGAUCAGACAACAAACGACUGCAGCGAAGAGCAAAUUCUGUACCUCUCAAUCGCUGUUCAUCAACAAGCAGAUGGACAGCAGGAAGGUCGUCGUCUGCGACAAUGGAACUGGGUAUGUCAAGUGUGGAUUUGCUGGAGAGAAUUUCCCCACUUCUGUUUUCCCAUGUGUGGUGGGGAGGCCCAUGCUUCGAUAUGAAGAAUCUCUCAUGGAACAACAAUUGAAGGAUAUUGUUGUUGGAGAAUCGUGUGCGGAAUUGAGGCAUCAACUGGACAUAUCUUAUCCUGUCAACAAUGGAAUCAUCCAAAAUUGGGAUGACAUGGGACAUGUGUGGGAUCAUGCAUUCUACAAUGAACUUAAGAUAGACCCAUCUGAGUGCAAGAUUCUGCUCACUGAUCCACCUCUUAAUCCCAAAAAGAAUCGUGAACUGAUGAUUGAGACCAUGUUCGAGAAGUAUAACUUUGCCGGGGUCUUCAUUCAAAUCCAAGCAGUGUUGACAUUGUAUGCCCAAGGUUUGCUUACUGGACUUGUUAUCGACUCUGGUGAUGGUGUCACUCAUGUGGUUCCUGUUGUUGAUGGUUACUCAUUUCCUCAUCUUACGAAACGGAUGAAUGUUGCUGGUCGGCACAUAACGUCGUAUUUGAUUGACCUUCUUUCACGGAGAGGGUAUGCAAUGAACAGGAAUGCUGAUUUUGAAACUGUUCGGGAAAUGAAAGAGAAGCUUUGCUACAUUAGUUACGAUUACAAGAGGGAAUACCAACUGGGACUUGAGACUACGAUUCUUGUCAAGCAUUAUACUCUGCCAGAUGGAAGAACCAUUAAAGUUGGUACAGAACGGUUUCAGGCACCUGAGGCUCUUUUCACACCAUUUCUGAAACUUAGGACUGCUUCCCCUUUUGAACAGGAACUUAUUGAUGUUGAAGGUGAUGGAAUGGCUGACAUGGUGUUUCACUGCAUCCAGGAAAUGGAUAUCGAUAACAGAAUGACGCUAUACCAACAUAUUGUAUUGAGUGGAGGAAGCACCAUGUAUCCUGGCUUGCCUAGCCGCUUGGAGAAGGAAAUACAAGAUCGGUACCUUGAUGCGGUUUUGAAGGGAAACAAAGAUGGGUUGAAGAAAUUACGAUUAAGGAUUGAGGAUCCACCACGAAGAAAGCAUAUGGUCUACCUAGGAGGUGCGGUUCUUGCUGGCAUUAUGAAGGAUGCACCUGAGUUCUGGAUUAGCAGGGAAGAUUAUCUAGAAGACGGAGUUGAAUGCCUGAACAAGUGUGCUCAAGCAUGAGUUUUGAGCCCAUUUUACCUGCAUUCCUCGUGUUAUUUGUAUACCGCCUUUUUUUAUAUGUUCUCCAACUGAACUUCCUCUAUUUGAGUUCAGUUUGAUUGUAUGAAGGUUUUCGCAAUUGUUGUGGUCUAGUUGAGUUCGUGGCUAAUGGUGGAUUUUGUUAGAUGUUCCCUGAAGUGUGUUCUUCUGAUAUAGGCAGACAGCAAAAACAAAUGUUGCUGAGAACAAUCUACAAUGUACCUCUUUGCAUUAUGCAACAGAAAUGUCACAACAUUAAUGUCAAAGGAUUAUAGAGUACAAAUUCCUCAGUAGUAGAGUGUUCUAGGGCAUAGUUCUCAGCCAAUACACUCAGCACCUUAAUUUGUAAAGCGAGGCUAGCAUAUUAGCUUACUCAAUACUCAUGGUAACUUUGAGAUAGCGAUCUCCAUAAAAUAUCUUCAUGCACCAUUGACCUGUAGUUGGCAGCCUGCAAUCAACUUAUUGCACUUUAGUGCACCUUUCAGAAGCAAUUUGCUUGCCAUUGUGUGCAUAAGUGAACUUGCAAGUUCAGCCUUUGACUGAACUGAAUUCCAGAAUCAUUGGAAGAGCUAAGCAAGAAUGCAAGGAUGUGCUCCCCAAAAACCAUCAUCAAUUAUGUUGCAGUGUUGUACGACUAUCUUGCUGCAGCCAUUCUCCUCUUCCUGCAUAAAGCCGAGGAACCAAGGCGUAACAUUUCGCCUAUAGUAUUGUAGUCAAUACCAAAGUUAUUAGCUAGCAGUUCCAUUUUCUCCUGUGAUUGAGUACCCUUCAAGAUCUGCUGCGCGUCACUUCUACUUUUGCCUGACUUAACCAGCAUCCAGAAACAAGUAUUAUAUUGAUUGUUUAUAUGGCAAUCUACUUGCCUCCAUGAUAAAUAAUCUCGCAGGAUCUCUGUUGAUGGAUAGCAGACAACCCUUCCAUCAAAUGACGGCUGACAAAACAUACCUCGGAUUUGUUCUUUGAAGGUGACUGCUUCUCUUCAA